AUGUCGCCCAAGUCGAAUCCCCAUGUUCUCAUCAUCGGUGCCGGGCUAAGCGGCCUCACACUUGCUCAGAUACUCCGCAAGAACAACAUCUCUUUCUCCAUCUUUGAAAGGGACAGUAGAGCCGAUGCUAGAGCUCAAGGAUGGGCCAUCGCCUUACACGGCCCUCUACUAGCUGAACUAUCGGCGUCGAUGCCCGCAGACCUUGGCCCCAUCGAACAAACCAACCAUCUGAGCCCCCUCGACCAUAUCCCGGCACAGUUCGUAUUCUACGACGUCAGCAAGCCCUCGUGGCGAGUUGGUGUCACGGACGAUGAGACUGGGAAAAUUGUUCGUGCCAACCGUCAGCGUCUCCGUGACUGGCUUCUACAGCAUCUGCCGGUGCAGUUCAAUAAACGUCUAGUACGACUCGAGGAGCAAGACGACAAGGUGGUGGCACACUUUGAAGAUGGAAGCUCGGAGACCGGAAACAUCCUUGUUGGGGCUGAGGGAAGUCGGAGCUUGGUGCGUCGGCACAUCUUGGGCGGGCAAGAUGUCAUGACGCCGCUCCCUGUGGGUUCGUUGGUUGGCGAAAUUGAACUCGAGGUUGAUGAAAUGAAGCAUCAGCUUGAACUGGGUCAUUCUGCCUACAUUGUCUUGGACUCAUCGUCCGAGAACCGAUGGCAAGCAAGCCUUUUCGCCGCCAUGAACAAGAUCAGCCCGGAUAAGAAGACGGGGUACUUCUACUUCAUUCUUCACUGGAUCGACCAGGAAGCUGCCAAGAGCACAGAAGAGAAGCCAUUUUGGACCGUUACCGCCUCACGAGAGGAGUUGAUGGCAUUCGCGAAAGAAACCACGAAGAAAUAUCCCGACAGUCUGCGCGUGUUAGUCGACAAGGUGCCUGUUGAGAGAUACAAGAAGCCGGGGAUUGUGCUCCAAAGUGUGCAAUUGACAGUCGAUCAACUGCCUGCUGGCAGGAUCACUCUGGCUGGGGAUGCCGCUCACUCGAUGACGCCAUUCCGGGGAGAGGCCGGUGUUUGUGCACUGACAGAUGGCUUGAGGCUUGGCGACGCCAUCACAAGCAUCCACAACGCUGGGGGACAGGGUCCCGAUGUGGUGAAGUACAUCGGCGAGUAUCGCGACGACAUGAUUGCCAGAGGAGCAAGAGCUAUCAGUGUGUCCAAUCCGGUGCUGGAGGAUCAUUCCAAAGACGCUGAAUAUGAGUUUUACACGUGUGGAAAGAAGGUCUUGCCGCUCUCUGAAGAGACUAUCACCAUUUGA